CUCAUCUUCAGCCUCACUAUAAAUCUCCUGCCUUUAAGAAGCACAAGCUGGUCGAAGCCUCCAGACAACUCCAGGAUCAGAUCUGUUCUCAGCAUGACAAACUGCUGGAGGUUUACUGUCGCACUGACCAGCAGUGUAUUUGUAUGUUGUGUACUAUGGAUGAACAUAAAGGACAUGAUACAGUAUCAGCUGCAACAGUACGAGCUGAGAAACAGAAGCAGUUGUUGGAGACACAGGAAAUAUCCAAGCGGAGAAUCCAGCAUAGAGAGAAGGAGCUUCAGAAGCUGGGGAAGGCUGUCGAGACUCACAAGCAUUCUGCACAAACAGCAUUUCAGGAAACUGAGAGAAUCUUUACUGAUCUUAUAAAAGCCAUUGAGAGAAGAUGCUCUGAGGUGAAAGCACUGAUUAGAGCUCAGGAGGAAGCUGCAGUGAGUCAAGCUGAAAGGGUCAUGAAGCAACUGGAGCAGGAGAUUGCAGAGCUGAAGAAGAGAGACUCUGUAAUGGAGGAACUUUUACACACAGAAAAUCCCAUCCAGUACCUUCAGAGAUUUCAGUCUGUCUCGACCCUCACUGGACCUUCAGACUCACCCAACUUCACAAUCAAUAUUCUUCUAACUUUUGAGGAUGUAGUAAAGUCUGUGUCUCAGCUGCAAAUUAAAAUUGAAGAAUACUGUAAUACUGAUUUUGAGAAGAUAUCAAAUGGAGUGAGAGAUGUCUGGUUGGAGUUGAUGGAAUUGGAAUCUAUGACAGACAUGGUUUGGGACCCGAAACCUCGUACUUUAUCCUUCCCCAAAAAACAGAAGGAAAGUUCCUUUCACAUCAGCCUCCUCCACUCAGAGGCAAUAUAGUUGUUCAAGGUAAGUAUCUUUCUCUCUGUUUUAGAAACACACUUAAAAAAAAAACACUAUUACACCAUUAAUUGUAGUUGUGUUUACUUGUACUUCAGUGGACUAUGACUCUUAUCCUCGAAGCACUAAAGAAAUCUCUCUCUCUCUCUCUCUCUCUCUCUCUCUCUCUCUCUCUCUCUCUCUCGGUAUGUCUCACACACACACAUACAAACACACAGAGAGGCAUUUGUAAUUAUUGUGUUUUUGUAGAUCGGAAUUGUUCUAAUUUUGUCAUUAUUAACUAGAACAAAUAAUCAGUGUUGUAAGCAUCUCUCUGUCUCACCAUGUGGUUAGGGAAAUUACCCUUUGCCCUUUGAACAAACUUCAGUAUACAUGACAUACUUUCUAAUAAUUUUUGUGUUACUGGAGGGUUUUUUUGUUGUUGUUGUUGCUAAACUUGCUCUUUUUAACUGGUUUAUUAAAUAAAACUGAAAAUAAUCAAGACAGUGAAAUAGAGUGCUACUUUUCUGGGUUUUCAUGUCAAGUCUUUUCCUAUAAUUUAAUAGAGAUUAUGUUUAAGACUAGUUUUUACUAUUACUCUUAUCCUUUUAACUCUUUUC